AUGUCAGAAUCAUCGAAAAACUCUUACACUAUGCCCUCCAUUCCUCCAGCGGCCCAUACCAAGGUCGUUUCAAGCCAACCUUCACCAGCGUCAGGAAUGGUCGUUGCUCGUGAUGUCCCUGCAAGAGGCGAGCAGACAGAGGGUCCUAUGAGGUUGAGAGGUGGAUGUAUACCGUGUCCUGACGGAGGAUGCUGCUACAUCAUUCCGAUACCAUGCUGCUGUUGA